UGAGCCUCGCUUUCUACGGUUUCAUCUAACCCCAAAGGCCCCUCAGAAACACUAGCCAACGCACCUUUUCUCCAAUAUGGCCGCCGCAACCUCCAUGGCAGCAGCACUGGCUGCGUCCCUCCCCGCACCCCAGGCCGCGCCUGCACCAAGCGCACCCACUUACGAAGCCAUCCCUGCGUCGAUGGCCAAAGUGAUCGAUAUCGAGGCUGAGAUCCCUAUAACGAGCGUGCAGCUGGAUGCGAUAGUCGUCUCGAAGAUCACCAAGCACGCAAAAGAGGCUCCGGGGUCGUCAGCCCAUGGUCUGCUGCUGGGUCUGGACCUCGACGGCACUUUGGAAGUGUGGAACUCAUUCGCUCUCCCUCACCAUUCCAAUGACGACGACGAUAAGUCUGCCAAGGGUGUGGCGCGUUACCAAUCGUCGAUGUUGCGUUCCCUGAAGGAGGUUCAGGCGGACGACAGCGUGAUCGGUUUCUAUCAGGGCAUGACCCUGGGGUCCUUCUUCAACCAGACCUUGGUCGACACCCAAGCAAUCCACCAAGAAAGGCUACGACAUGGAGGCGUCGUAAUUGUGCACGACAUCUCGCAAACCGCACGCGGCAACGCGUCUUUCCGGGCGUUCCGUCUCACGAAGGCGUUCCUAGACGCCUACAAAAGGCACAACUUCUCGACCUCGAGCCUAAUCGACCAUCGGCUGACGUUCUCCACCAUCCUGGAGGAGGUGCCGCUCAAAAUCCGGACGAACGCGCUCGUGAGCUCGUUCCUCGGUGCGCUGUCGGAGGCGACGCCAUCGACAACGACGCAGUCGAGCCCUGCGCUGGCAACGUCGUCCGCAGCCAUCCCACCAUCGUACUCGCGACUGAACCUGGGCACGGGCAACACGGCGCGGAACCUGGAGAUGGUGGUCGAGGCGCUGGACAACUACAAGACGGAGGAGGGCAACCUGGCAUAUCUGCAGCGGCAGAUUGCGCGGGAGAGGGCAAAGGCGGAGGCGUACGUGGCGAAGCGCAAGGAGGAGAACGCGACACGGAUAGCGGCGGGGCUGGCACCGCUUCCGGAGGAGGACGUGAGCAGGCUGUUCAAGAUCCCGCCGGAGCCGAGCCGACUGGAGAGCAUGCUGCUGUUGGGGCGGAUCGAUGCUUAUGGGAAGAGCCUGGAGGAGACGGCAAGUACCGGGUUGGUGAAGAUGUACGCGGCCAAGGCGAACGCAGGGAACUGAGGCGAUGUAGAAUAUUAUGUAGCGCUGGCUGGUGCUGCCGUUGUACGAGGAUGAGG